AUGUCGAUUCCACUUUAUCUUCUCACUUAUAAUUGUGGCAAGCUACGGAUUGACGCUGGUGACUUCAUCGACAAGGUGAGUGCUACGCUCCCAGACGAUGUGUGCGACCUCUAUGUGUUUGGAUUUCAGGAGAUUUGCUCCAUUCUAGACGGAUCAUUUAAAGACCAGGUUCAUAAGCAUAUGAUCACCAUUAAUCUGAUUGUGAUCGAGACUUUGAAACGAAAGUAUGCCUCCAGAUCAGGUGAUUAUAACUUCACCACAGUCGGGUUGCAUCAUUUGGGAGCAAUUGGAAUGAUUGCCGUGACUCCAUUCCCACUGCGGUUCAGAGAUACCAAAUAUGCCGAUGUAAGCUGCGGAUACGGCAACUCGCUGUUGAAAGGAGGUGUUGGGUUCCGAAUGCGUUACUCACAAGAUAUGGUGGACUUUGUCGAGCUUACAUUUGCCAAUGCCCAUCUCUCAGCUUAUGAAGGUGAAUUCUACUACCAAAGACGGUUAGACAACAUCCAGACGAUAACGCGGGCGUUGGACUUUGGAGAUGGAUACAGCUUCUUGAAACCAAAUAGCCAUGCGUUUUUCUUGGGCGAUCUCAACUUUAGAACAACAAAGUCUCUAAAGGACGGAAGACCCAAUAGUGCACUCACAGACCUACUUGAGCUUCAUGAUCAGUCCGCGUCUACAACUACAGACGAUGAAAUUGAGGCUUUGGUGCUCAAGCACGACGAAUUGACCCAAGGAAAGAACAAUGGUGAGGUUUUUACAGGUUUUGACGAGGCUUGUAUCACCUUCAGACCAACUUACAAAUACCAUCCGAACACUGCCAUCUACAACAGCAAGCGGUGUCCUCUGUGGUGUGACCGUGUAUUUUUCCAGAACACUUACCGCCGGGGUGCCACUGUGGACCUUCACACAUAUAAGAGUAUCUGCUCGUACAUGCGAUCAGAUCACCGGCCAGUAUAUCUCCAUUUGUCUGUGCCGUUUGAAGCCCCAGAAAGCAUCAUUGGUGCCAACGGCUACUUGAUGAUACUCCCAAGUGCUGGUCCAAGUCGACAUGCAGUGCAUAUUCUGUCUAGUGUUGAUGAGUUCCCAGACACGAGAGAUGCCGUUAGUGGUCCUACGCAAAUCUACAUGAAAUGUACUGUCCUUGACAAACUUGCUCAAUUGUUGUUGAGGAGAUUGUCUGAUCUUGGUAUUGGCUAUGGAUUGUGGCUAUCGACGACCCCACGCGGUAGACUUUUGUUGCUCUUUGUUGUAUUGAUGUUAUGGCUCAUCUAUGCUAUGUAUUAUUAG